AUGGCACAGGAUGCUGACCUCGUCUCAAUGACCCCCCUGCUUUUCUCUCGCUCGUCGUACCCUUCCCCCGUCUCGCGUUGUGUGUUUGCAUUUGACUUUUCCUCUCUACAGCCCAAGGCCAAGACCGGAUCCGCCAAGAAGCCCGCCGCCGCCCCCUACUCCAAGGGCAAGGCUACCAAGGCCCCCAAGAACCCUCUCUUCGAGAAGCGCCCCCGCAACUUCGGCAUUGGCCAGGACAUCCAGCCCCCGCGUGACCUGAGCCGCUUCGUCAAGUGGCCCGAGUACGUCCGCCUCCAGCGCCAGAAGGUCAUCCUCAACCAGCGCCUGAAGGUCCCUCCCGCGAUCGCCCAGUUCGCCAACACCCUGGACAAGAACACCGCCACCAACCUGUUCAAGCUCCUCAACAAGUACCGCCCCGAGUCCAAGCAGGAGAAGAAGGCCCGUCUCGAUGCUGCCGCCAAGGACAUCGCCGACGGCAAGAAGGCCGACGCCAAGGCUGACGGCAAGAAGCCCCUCUUCGUCAAGUACGGUCUCAACCACUGCGUCGCCCUGAUUGAGGCCAAGAAGGCCGGCCUUGUCGUCAUCGCCGCCGACGUUGACCCCAUCGAGCUCGUCGUCUUCCUGCCCGCCCUCUGCCGCAAGAUGGGUGUCCCCUACGUCAUUGUCAAGUCGAAGGCCUCGAUCGGCGCUCUUGUCCACAAGAAGACCGCCGCCGUCGCCCUCAUCCAGGAGGUCCGCUCCGAGGACGAGCGCGAGCUCGCCAACCUCGUCUCGGCCGCCAAGGCCAACUACCUCGACAAGGCCGAGGAGAUCCGCCGCCACUGGGGUGGUGGAGACCUCUCGCAGCGAUCCAACCACAAGCUCGCCAAGCGCGCCAAGAUCGCCGCUCUCCAGCCCAAGCCCGUCGCUGUUGCCGCCCCCGUCGCCGCCGCCGAGGACGACGAGGAGUAA